UUCAGCUCCAGACUCUACAUCUACUUCUCAAACCUCUCCAGAUCCACCAUCUUUACCGAAUGAAUCAUCUGCGGACGUUCAAAGUUUCAGACAAAAACUAGGCCUGAUAACGGAUAUAUACGCAACAGAUCAAAAUAAUUACAUGUUUCCAAGUUCACCAGAUACACCGUCACAAGAAAAUGAUACUUUUCCAUCAGAUUCGCUUUCUGGCUCAACAUUCUUUUAUAAACGCCUUGGUAGAGGGCAUUCGCAUUCUCUUUCCAUCGAUUCAACAAUGUCCAUAGAUCAACAUCCAGUGGUAUAUUCAUUUUCACAUGCUUUACUUUCCACCACUUACGAGACAAAUGAAGACUCAACUCCAGAGUUAACUCCAAAUUUUGUGACUCCAAUAGAUACUUUCACCCAGAGAUCUUCAUCACCAAAAACUCCUUUUUUCACAGAACAUUCAUUAUCAUCAACUUUUGUUAAUAUGUCACCAGUGAGUUCAUCAGGAAAAUCAGCAUCGUUGGUGGAAAAUCCACCUCGUAAACUUUUGUUACAAUCACCAAUGCAACAGAUUAUGAAUAGUAGCAGUGUGCAAGAUCGUUAUUUAUUUCUUUUCAAUGAUUUAUUAAUCAUUGCUAAACCUAUUAAUACCAAUUCACAAAAAAACAAUGUAUCCACUACAGAGAAACUAUAUCAAGUUAAACAUAUCAUUGCAAUACAUCAAAUUAUCCAAAUUGCUCUUACUAUGCAAGAAGAUCGUGAUGCAGCUUUGAUUAAUAAAACACCGAAAAGAGAACCUUCUGUUAUGGCAACAUUUUCUCGAAAAUUUUCCACAGAUCCUCAUGGUGCAAUAGCUGACAUGUUAGAGAGACGGCAUAUAAAAAAUGAUCCAGUUCAUAUUGCAGCAUUUCUUUUUAAAAAAUCCGAAUUAAGCAAACGUCAAUUAGGCUUAUAUCUUUCUAAUCAAAAAAAUGAGGAAAUUAUGAUCGCGUUUUUGGACAAAUUUCGAUUUGAGGGUCUCUAUAUAGAUGAGGCUUUACGCGUAUUUUUGAUGAGUAUAUGUCUACCACCCGAACAAGAGUCCUUCAAUUACUUAAUAAAGUCAUUCGCAAACCGUUGGUAUAAUGCAAAUGUCAACGUUGUCAAGUUCAAUGAAGAAAUGUCAAUAAAGUUGACGUUUGCUAUGUUAUAUCUCAAUUGCGGAUUACACGAACGACAUAAUGCCAUGGAUAAUCAAAAUGUCAAGAAUGCCAAAAGGACUGAUUUCAUCACACUUCAAGACUUUGUGAAUCGAUUUCGUCGAGAAAGUGAUCAAUUUUGCUUAGUUCCUGAUGAAUUAUUAGAAAAAGUAUAUUAUUCAAUUUACGAAGAUAAAUUAGUGUUUGCAUGGGAUGACACACUCGAAGAUAUCUCACCACAAAUACCAAUAAAACUUCAUCCAGCGAGAUGGCCAACUCGACUUACCCUUCUUACCCCUUCAGAUCCUAUCACCAUCACAAUUCCCCAUCCUGAUCCUCACUUUGCUAUAAGACUUCAUGGACAAGAUUUGAUAUUUGAUCCGCCUUUGCUUGAUUUCACACAUACAAAUUCAUGCACUUUUACCAUAACAGGAAAGACAUUAGGCCUACAUUCCAUGGUACUUAUUAAGUCUGGGGCACGUUGUCGUAAUUAUAUAAAUUUGCCAUCCACCAAAAUAGUGUUAGUUGAACGGGCCUUUAUGAAAUGGACAUUUCAGAUUUCAUUUAUCACUGACAAUGGAAUGAUACGAAAGUAUCAUUUUAGUGUUGAUUCACAAGAACGUAGACGCAUUUGGGUUGAAAGCAUAAGAACAAACGUUUUAGAAGAAAAAUUACGAUCAAAUAGUCUUAGUAGUCCAAA